GGGUGUGUCUUCGCACCUGCCUCCAAACCAAACUCCAAACCUCUUUUCAGAGGACUCUCUGCCAUCCUGUGUGUGUGCCGUAAAGUAAACUCUUCUUGCCCUCUGUCGUUCAGCCACUUCAGCAGCUGUCACCAUGCCUGAGACUGCAGAGUCCCACUCCAUCACCCUCACCACCAACCGCAACUGCACCAUAGAGAUCACCAAUGUCAGCUCCGUCUACUGCCUCAUCAACCCAAAGGUUUACAUGAAAAGCGGUUUUACCUACAACCCUCCGCAGCCCACUGUGCGCACCACCAAGUCCGAGGUGUGCUCGUUCACCAAGGACGACAACACGGCAUCGGGCGCCGUGGGCGUCCUCACCUAUGAGCUUUUCGACAUGCGCAACCGCCACUGCAAUGAGCUGAUGGCUGUCAUGUUCUCUGUACCCUUUGACUAUAACUUCUACAAGAACUGGCUGGGGGUGGGUGUCUUUGAGCACACGAAGGCCUGCGACAAGAAGCUGUUCGAGCUCAUGUACGAGGGGAAAGACUUCACCAACUUCGUGCGCCACGAGGCCGACGGCUCGGGGGUGAAGUACGCUGCACGGACAGUGGAUGUGAGGGCCUGCAUGUCUGACGAGGGCAGAGCUAUGAUUAAACUUGAAGUGUAUGACAAGAUGGGCAGAUAGAUCUGUUUGUACUGCUGUGAGAAUAAAAUCCUCUGCCGCAAAUGAGUGCAUUGAUGUGGAAUGAAUUGUGAAAACACAGUUGACACAAAUAUUCCUGAAGACCUACAUACAUUUGUCCAUCAUGCAUGUAAUGUAUGGGUGCUUUAAAUGAAUAAAAAAACAGUUCAAUUGA